AUGGCCCCGCCCGUCACGCCCGUGAAGGGCGGCGCCCCGGGCGCGGCGUCCCCGCCGCGCGCGCGCGCGCCGCGCUGGGCGAACACGACGCGGUGGCUGCGCGCGCACGGCGACGGCGUGCUCCUGGAGAGCUCGGAGCCCGGCCUCGCGCCGCUGCUCCUGACGUCGAACAAGGCCGGCGUCGUCGCGAAGGUCGUGCAGCCCGUCAAGGUGCGGCGGCCCGCGAGCCCGGAGUCGCCCGGCUCGCAGUCCGACGGCGACCUGAGCCCCGCGGGCAAGCGGCCGAAGUCGCCGAAGAAGAGCCCCAAGUUCGGCUUCGGGAAGAAGAAGGCCAAGGCUCCCGACGCGCCCGCGCCGGCGCCGGCGCCGCCGAGCCCCGAGGCCGACGACGACGCCUACGAGUGGGCCACGCCGGAGCUCGCGCACGAGGCGAGCGGCCGCGUGCCCUGCGAGGCCGUGCUCGGCGUCUACGAGAUGACGUCCGGCCCGCACGUCGCCGUCGUGCUCUCGAGCGAGCCCGUGCUCCGGCGCGGCGGCGACGCGGCGUUGCUCGACGACGCGCGGCUCCGCUGGCCCAAGGCCGUGCUCGACGUCCGCGCGCUCCGCCGCGCGACCAAGGUCGGCGUGCUGCCCGUCGCGCCCAAGUCCGCGAAGCGGCUCAACUCGAAGCAGAAGGCCGACGAGAAGCUCUGCCUGCGGCUCCUGCACCGGGCCCUCAGCGAGCAGCCCUGGGUCUACAGCACGCGGUCGCCCGCGGCGACGCACACGGCGCCGCGCGUCUGCGAGCUCGCGGACGUCGCCGCGGCCGAGGCCGCGGCCGUCGUCGCGAACGACGGCGUCCGGCGCCGCGGCGACGUCGACGACGACGCGCCGGACCGCGGCGGCGACUCCUACCUCUACGACCACGCGGACCCGCGCAUGCUCUGGAACGCGAUCCCGCUCAAGGCGCUCGUCGACGCGGGUGCCGCGCGGUGGUGCGCCGUCGCGGGCCACGUCGUCGUCGACGCGGUGGAUCUCGGCGCGACGGCCGCGGGCGACGCCGCCGUCGUCGCGCUCAUCGUCACGCGGACGGCCGUGGACCACUGCGGCCGCCGCCUGUCGAAGCGGGGCCUGGACGCGCAGUGCAAGGCCGCCGCGACCGCGGAGACGGAGCUGCUCGUCGCGACGUCCAAAUCCCGGGCCGCGCCCGCGGCGGCCUUCUCCGUGACCUUGGCGCGGUCGAGCCCGCCGCUGCCGCUGGACUACGCCGUCAAGGUCGCGCCGCGCGUCGCGCUGCUCAAGCGCAAGUCGUCGUUCGCGAAUUUGGCGUCGCCGCAGCGGAAGCCGAGCCUCGCGCCCACGCUCGCGCCGACGCCCGAGCUCGCGCCCCUCGACGACGGCGGCGCGCCCGCGGCGCCCGACGCGUCGGCGUCGCCGCGGCGGCCCCGCGCGCCGUCGGCGGCGGGACCGAAGCCCGCGCCGUCGCAGCACGCGCGCGACGUCGCGGCGCUCGAGGCGCACGUCGACCAGCUCCGGGCGACGUACGGCGGCGCGUUCGUCACGAUGGUCGACCUCAUCGCGCGGACGGCGGCCUGGGCGUCCGUCGACGGCGGGCGGCAGGAAUCCGUGCGCCAGCGGCUCAAGGCCGCCGCGGCGGUGCUCGCGUCGGCGGCGCGCGGCGCCAAGGUGCGCCACGUCGUCGUCGCGCCCGGCGCGGAUCUGGGGGAUCUGUCCGCGGCGCACGACGUGCGCCGCCGCCGCGUCGCGAGCCGCGGCGCCGCGGCGGAGCCGGGGGGCGUCGACGUGAGCGGCGUCGUGCUCUUCGUGGGCUGCGACGAGAUCGACGACGUCGACGAGGCCAUGGCGCGGUGCGCGUGCGACGCUUUGGUCGCCGCGCGCGACGACGCGGCGCUCGGGCCGGACCGCGUCGCGCUCGGCGACGAGGCCUACGCGCGGCGCCAGCUCCUCGCCGCCUGGCGGGGCCACGCCGACGCCCUCGCCGUGCUCCGCGCGGGCACGGCGGCGCGCUGGGCGCCCGCGGCGGGUGGGGGCGCGGCGGCGCGGCUCGCGGACCGCGCGGGCGGGUGGGCCGCGGCCGCGGUCCGCGGCCUGCGCGCGGCCAUCUACGACGGGUCGCGCCAGGACGGCCUGGAUCUGGUCGUGGGCCGCAAGGCGCCCGCGGACGCCGUCGCCGGGGCCGACGCGGCGACGUACGCGCACGAGCGCAUCGACGUCGCCUACCUCAAGGUCGCCGCGGCCGUCUUCGCCGUCGCGGCCGCGCUCCGGUCCCAGGCGGGCGACGCGCGGCCCGCCGCGAUCCUCCAGCACGCGCUCCUCGCCGUCCUCGCCGCCAUCGUCCUCACCUUCUACGCCGCCUUCGCCGACGGCUCCCUCGCGACCGCGCUCGCGUCCGCGCGCCGCUUCGACGACCACUAG